AUGCCCAAGUCAAAAGAAGGCUUCCUAUGGUGCCCAAACCAGACUAAAGACGGCCUAGAAACAGAAGCCGUCAUCCAAAGCUCCCCAGACAUCAAAUCCGCCUACGACACCAUAGUAAUCGGAAGCGGCUUCGCAGGUCUAAUUGCAGCUCGCAAUCUCUCUCAAGACCUUAACACCAGCGUCUUGCUACUUGAAGCACGAGACCGAAUUGGCGGCCGAACAUGGACAGCGAAAGCAUUUGGCGAAGAGUUCGAAAUGGGCGGAACCUGGGUACACUGGGGCCAGCCCCAUCUCUACCAUGAGCUUCACCGAUACGGUCUGCACCGGUAUCUGAAGACAUCAGCCGGAACCUCAGCGGCAGAGAAACAGUAUUUCAAGACAGGUGCUGAGGGUAUUAAAGAAAUCAUUCCGGAGGAAGGUGCUAUGAUCUUGGAGAGAGUUGCAGUGGAGUUCUUCACUAUCGAUGGGCUAAGUAGUCGAGAACUUAUGCCGUUUCCGCAUGAGCCUUUUCGGAAACCAGGGCUUUGGCAGAAAUAUGAUCAUUUGACAGUUAAGCAACGGCUUGAUCUGUUGACUGGAUUCUCGUCAUUUGAGAAGGACUUGUUUGAGUCUAAUGUGAGCACUUUUGGUAGUGCACCUGGUGCUGAGACAGGAUUCACUGAGGCGCUUCGCUGGUUUGCGCUUGGUGGCCAUAGUAUGGCUGGCGUGUACGAGCGAGCGGGCAUUUAUAAGAUUGGGCAUGGAGGUAUGACAUCGUUUGCUCGGGCAAUCUUGGAUGAUUUCAAGGGCGAUGUAGUCAUGGAUACCGUUGUGGAGCAGAUUGAUGAAGGGCGGAAUGGGGUGACGCUUCAUGUCAGUGGUGGCAGGAAGCUCCAUGGGAAGGCUAUCAUAUCGACCAUUCCACUAAACUGCCUGAAAGAUAUCACGUUCAAUCCACCUCUUAGUCCUCUUCGACGUGAGGCCGUUGCCUCCGGACAUAUCAACCAAGGCGCCAAGAUUCACUUUCGACUCAGUGCGACAGAGUCGGGGUGGUUUGCAACAAGCCAUGCAUCUGGAGGAUCACCUUUCCUUUUCGCCUUUUCGGAUCACAAUGGGAAUCAGCCCUCUGGUCCUCAGGGAACUUGGUGUAUUGGCUUUGGGUAUAAUGGCCAUCUGACGGAUAAAACAGAAAGCAGUCAUAUCAUCAAGAAAUUUCAAGAGAAUAUCAAACCUGAUGCGUCGAUCCAGGCCUAUCUCACACAUGACUGGAUGAACGAUCCUUUUGCGAAGGGCACAUGGUGUUGCUGGGGUCCGAAUCAUUUCAGUAAGUACGUACAGGAAUUGCAGAAGCCCCAUGGAAGGGUCUUUUUUGCCAGUGCAGACUGGGCAGAUGGGUGGAGGGGGUUUGUGGACGGAGCUAUCGAGAGUGGGCAGAAGGCUGCAAGUGAUGUCAAGACAAUGAUUGCUAGCGCUAGUCCAACAGUCAGACUUUAA